CUUUGGAGCCACCAUGUUGACGCGGCUCUUCAGCGAGCCCAGCCUGCUGCCGGAGGUGCAGAAGUUCUCCGCUUGGGCCGAGGCCUGCGAGGAGGAGGAGGAGGACGAGGAGGACGAGGCCAGCGACAAGGAGGAGGAGGAGGAGCAGCAGCAGCGGAAGGCCAAGGAUGACCGCGACGGAGGAGGAGGCGAAGAGGUCAAAGAGGAGGGCGAGCUGGGCGGCGAGGAGGAGGAAGAGGAGGAGGAGGAGGAAGGCCUGGAGGGCGGCGGCGACCGUCCCAAGAAGCGGGGCCCCAAGAAGCGCAAGAUGACCAAGGCCCGGCUGGAGCGCUCCAAGCUGCGGCGCCAGAAGGCCAACGCCCGGGAGCGGAACCGCAUGCACGACCUCAACGCCGCCCUGGACAACCUGCGCAAAGUGGUCCCUUGCUACUCCAAGACGCAGAAGCUCUCCAAGAUCGAGACCCUCCGCCUGGCCAAGAACUACAUCUGGGCGCUGUCGGAGAUCUUGCGCUCGGGCAAGCGGCCGGACUUGGUCUCCUACGUGCAGACGCUGUGCAAGGGCCUCUCCCAGCCCACCACCAACUUGGUGGCCGGCUGCCUCCAGCUCAACUCGAGGAACUUCCUCACCGAACCGGGGCCCGACGGGGGCGGCAGGUACCACCCGGGGGCCGGCUCGCCCUUCGCCCUCCACCACCACCACCACCCCUACCCUUCCUACCCCUGCUCCAGGCAGGGCGGCGGCGGCGGAGCCGGGUCGGGGCCCCUGGCCCUCCGGGGCCACUAUUGUGCCGCGGCAGCCGCCGCUACUUACGAGUCCCUCUAUGCCGGGAACGCCUCGCCGGACUACAACAGCUCCGAGUACGACGGGCCCCUCAGCCCCCCGCUCUGCGUCAACGGGAACUUCUCGCUCAAGCCGGACUCGUCCCCCGACCACGAGAAAAACUAUCACUACUCUAUGCACUACUCCGCCUUGCCCGGAUCCCGGCCCUCCGCCGGCCACAACUUGGUCUUCGGCUCGGCCGCCGGCAUGCGGAGCGGGGUCCACGCCGAGAACGUGUUGCCUUACGAGAUGCACCUCCACCACGACCGGGGACCCAUGUACGAGGAGCUCAACGCCUUCUUCCACAACUGACAGGCCCCCCGCCCCCCUCUUCUGGCCGCCUCCCUCCCGACCCCAGGUUUUUUUCUCCCCCGCCUCACAUUCACACAAACACACACCCGGGUUAGGGAUGCCCCGCUUGUAGAGGCCCCCUGGGCGAGGGAGGGAGGGUUGGCGGAGGAGUCACGCUCUCUCAGCCCCGAGGCCAGGGCUCUGGACAGCUCUGGCCCAGAAAACUCUCUAGGCAGGGUUUGCAAAGGAGUUACUCUCUCUCCAAGCCGCCUCUGAACAACUCUGGCCUAGGGUUUGCUAAGGAGUCACGCUCUCUCAGAGGCAAGUCGCCUCUGAACACUUCUUGCCCAUCAAACUCCCAUAGUAAGGUUUGCAAAGAGGCCACGCUCUCUUAGCCCCGAGGGAAGCCCCUCUGAACACUUUUUGCCCCCAAAACUCUCCAGGGAGGGUUUGCAAAGGAGUCACGCUCUCUCAGAGGCAAGGCGCCUCUGAACACUUCUUGCCCAGAAAACUCCCAUGGAAUGGAAGGGGUUUCUCUGAAGUUGCCAGCCACAGCUGCUGGCGAAACGUCAGGAAGAAACUCUUCUAGAACAUGGCCACAUAGCCAGAACAAAAGCCACACGCCCCCCAUUCCCACGGUAGGGUUUGCAAAGGAGUCACGCUCUCUCAGCCUCGGGGCCAGCCGCCUGUGAACAAUCCUGGACAUUAAAAGUCUCUAGACAGGUUUUGCAAAGGAGCCACGCUCUCUCAGAGGCAUGCCGCUUCUGAAUAACUCUGGCCCAGAAAACUCUCCAAAUAGGGUUUCCAAAGGAGUCACACUCUCUCAGCCUCGGGGGAAAGAAGGCCAGGGCAAGCCUGAGCAACUCUUGCCAAGAAACCACCCCCUCCCCCGCCAUAGUAGGAUGGCCAUGAGUCGGGAAGGACUUGCGGCGCAGUGGUUUGAGGGUUGGACUAGGACCCUGAAGCCCAGGGUUCGGUUCAAGCUGAGCCAUGCAAACCCGGUGGGUGAGCCUGGGCAAGUCACACUCUCUCAGCCUCAGAGGAAAGCCAGAGCAAGCCACCUCUGAACAACUCUUGCUAAGAA